UCCUACAGUUACUGUUCUGCUCGGUAGACAAACUGCGCAUGUAACGUCCAUUUUGCCCUUACAAUCAUGGCGGCGUACAGGAGAGCCGGAGCUCUGCGUCGCCUCUGUCCGCUCCUGACAGCACAGAGAAAUCCUGCGUGUGGUUAUCAUGCAGUGGUGCUCAGCAGGCCUCCCUUCAACACACUGCUUAUGAGGACAUGGCCACAGGCAACAACACCCAUGUUUGUGAGGAACAUGUUCAUUCAGACUCAAGACACUCCAAACCCAAACAGUCUGAAGUUCCUUCCUGGCCGUAAUGUGUUGGAGAUGGGGACGAUGGACUUUGCGUCUCCCAGAGAUGCCUUCUGCUCUCCGCUGGCCAGACAGCUGUUCAGAAUUGAUGGAGUGAAAAGCGUCUUCCUGGGUCCAGACUUCAUCACCAUCACCAGGACGAACGCAGAUAUGGAGUGGAAGGUGAUCAAGCCGGACGUUUUUGCUACCAUUAUGGACUUCUUCACUUCUGGACUUCCUGUUGUUAAUGAGGAUGCAGCUCCAAGUGCAGACACUGCUCCCUCAGAUGAUGAUGAUGAGGUCGUUGCUAUGAUCAAAGAGUUGCUGGAGACACGGAUUAGACCCACGGUGCAGGAGGACGGUGGGGACGUGCUGUAUCGGGGCUUUGAGGAUGGCAUCGUGAAGCUGAAGCUUCAGGGCUCGUGCACCAGCUGCCCGAGCUCCAUCAUCACGCUGAAGAGCGGCAUCCAGAACAUGCUGCAGUUCUACGUCCCUGAGGUGGAGGGAGUGGAACAGGUGAAGGAUGAGGACGAGGGAGUGGAACAGGAAGCCCAGCAAUGAGUGUUAGUCAGCAGAAAUCUUUCAUCUGGACUACAGUGGACCCCUUCUCUCAGUGCUGUCCAGUGAAGUAGAAGAAGAACUGAGAACAGCACUCCGGUGGAUUGCAGUGGGACAUUAUUGGGGGCAGAGUAGGAACCACUUACUUAAGCAGAGCGUGGACAGAGCUGAUGUUUUAUAGGUUCAUAAAGAACACGCAGUAAAACCUGAUAUAAAUGCUGUUUUAACAGAUCAUUAUGGGAUUUCUGCUUCUGUGAUAAUAUUCAUUGUUUUACCCCCCAAAAUCACACAAGAAAGAGUUUUUUUCAUUUUUGUUGUUGAAAACAUUUGAAUUUCCUUUUGUGUCGUUAUACUGUAUUAGCUGUGUGAAUGCCUCUCAUGGCAGUAUUGUGCACUUCUCAUAUUUAUAGCACUUUCAGGGUUCUGCUUGAUAUUUCUGGCAAUAACUCAAGACGCACAAAUAAAACAGGGGAUGAUGGGCAUCCACCUGUAUGUUUUCUCGCAACAAUCUUUUAUUUCAUUGUAUAAUUGUAGAGUGUGUGUAUUAAGAGCAAAAAUAAAACAAUGCGCAGAAAUAUUGAUACA